AAAUCACACAUCACAUUCCACAUCACUUUUCAUCAUUUCGAUAUUCACAUUGUUUAUAAAACAAUUUUCCUGUGGAAUCUAAGAAUUAGUAUUAAACUAAAAGCAAAAAUGGGACGAGGAGAAGCUUGUGAAAAAUCCCAGGAGAAGACUUUUACCGGAUCAGUUGGAAAUUCUCGAGUGCACAAUCUGAAGUGCUACCACGGAGUGCAGAAGAAGGAAGAAGUCGCGAAUUUGAUGAGAGGAGAACGCCCAGGAACUUUCUUAUUCCGCUCGUGUUUUGUUAAAAGUGGCGUGGCACUUGCUCUCUUUCUAUCUGUGAAAGUGAGAGCUGGGGAUAGCGACGCGAAUAUACAUCAUUAUCAAGUCGAGGAUCGUGCAGGAGAAUACUAUCUGAUGCAAGAACUCAUGGAAAAAGAAGAGUUGGUGACACGUGAAUCCAAGGCAUUCCCAACACUGGAGGAAUUGAUCGGACACUUUCAACAUCACCGACUCGCGUGCAAAAUCCGCCUGGGAAGACCUUUGAAGCGACCAUCAUGGCAGCUUCGACACAAUUCCGUUGUCUACGACGAUACAGGCAAAUUGGGAUCCGGAAACUUCUGUAUUGUCUACAGAGGCAUGCUGAGAAAGCAGGGAAAAAUAAUUCCGGUGGCAAUAAAAGUAUCGAAAAAUUCGGACAAGGAAUCGGCUGCAUUGAUGGAAACUAGGAAUCUAUUGCUCGCAGAAGCCAGGAUUAUGAUGAAUUACAAUAACAUUAAUGUCAUCAGGAUCUACGGUGUUGCGUGUGAUGUUCCUCCAUUUAUGGUGUGCAUGGAAUUUUGCUCGGGUGGGAGUUUGGAAGACGCGCUGAAGAAAUACGGAAAGGAUAUGGAAGAAUUUGAGCGACAAAUUCUCCUUAUUGAUGCUGCCCGUGGUAUGAGAUACCUUCACGACAAGAAGUGUGUCCAUCGAGAUUUGGCGUCGCGGAAUUGCCUAAUUUCUUUCGAUGGCAUCGUCAAAAUCGCCGAUUUUGGUUUGAGUAAAACGCUGGAAAAGGAUCAGAAAGCGUUCAAGGAAGCUUUGAAAGAAGCGCCACUUGCAUGGCUUGCUCCGGAAUGCAUUCAGCGUGAGUCUGAAUUCUCAACUAAAACUGACGUUUGGGCGUUUGGAGUUGUCAUUUUCGAGGUCUACAACAACGCGGAAAAACUGUUUGCCGGAGAGGAAGACAUAGCGAUUCUUCGGAAGAUCAAGAAAGCCAACAUGCCAACUAUCGAGAAUCGGACAAAGGUUCCAGCAAUGCAGGCUGUUCUCAGUUCAAUUUGGACUAGGAAGCCGGACGAUCGACCAGAAAUGCAGAAAGUUCUUGAAAAACUCGUGGCAGCUUUGGUGCCGAUUCAACCAGAUGAUCUGAAACGGCUCCAAAUCAACAGCCUCAAAGGUGUCAGCAGAACUCAGAUGCCAAACACAGACCUGGAGAUGGAUGUGUCGGUGGUGAACGAAGAGGUAGAUCAGGAUGGAUCGGAGAAAAACCGCAAGGUGAAGGGAGGAUCCAAAAAGAAAACCGGAAAUCGCCAUAACCGAAGUGGCAAGAGAACUCCAAAACAAGAAGAAUCCCCAAAAAGCAAAAAGCCAGUUCCACUACGCAAUACCGUUCGAAAAGGACCCGGAGCCACCUCUGAAUGAAUAAAUAGAACUUUCUAACUUGAGAUGCAAUAAAAGUUCUGCUUUUAUUUUA